CGGGGAUGAUCAAGCCCCCCGUUAAAAUGCUCACUGCACAUGUUUACCAGCCUUGAUUAACGGGCGAAUGCACAAAGCACGGAAGUGCUCACUAGCGUCUAUCAGUCCCCAAUAGCUCGGGAAUUAAAGACACUAUUGAUCAGCGCUCUUCUGAAUCAGUGGCGAUGGCAGGCUGCCAUGAAUCUAGAGUUUCUUUUCAGCUGCGCCUACGACAAAUAGUGUUGCGAUGAGUGGUAGAACUAGCUCUUCAUCGUCGGUCAUUUGAGUAUUUAAAGUCCAGAGCCUACCAGGUUAUUCCAAUAUUUGGAUCAUUAUCAUUCAGCAUCUUCCCCUGGAAAUAUCAAACCACCUUUCUCAAUCAUGUCUAUCCCUACCAAAGGAGAUCAACUCUCUGUGCCCGCCUACACCGCGGAGGCCGAGCAGAACGCAGUUGAGAUCUCAUGGUCCCAGAUGUUCCGCACUCGCAGCGCCCGUUACUACGUCGUCAACGCCCAGAACCAAUCCAAGGGCAAUGCCAAUGUCUUGAUGUACAUCCAGGACCGUUUCUACAAGGACUCCAACAGCAAUGAGUACAUUGGAAAACUUCCCGGUGCUCGACAGGAUGGUAGCAACUGGAUCGUGAGCAUCAGCGAUCGAUUCCAGUAUGGUCAGAAGAACAAGAAUGGCGAUGGCCGCUGGGUUGCUCUUCAUGACAAGGAUAACAAGCCUUACCAGCACCGGUUCAUGAUUGUCACUAUCCAGGGCAAGCUUUCAGAGGCUGCCAAGAACUUGGCCAAGUCUUUUGGUGCUGGGGAGAUUGCUGAGCAGGUCUCGAAGAUCGGUGGCGGCUACAUCGGUGACUACCUUCACACCUUCUAAUCUCCCGGUGUUGCAGGACGUCACGUCUUUCAAUCGUGAUAUGUUAAGUGGCUCUUGUAUAGCUCAGUUGUGUUAAUCUGAAUUCAUAUUCAAUUAUAUUUAUACAAUAUGCAGUUCCGCUC